GGGAGGAGGCCCGUUAAUCAAAUCAUGAGGAGAACAUGGGUCUAGGAGGAGAAAGCGUGAGAAAACUACUGUAACGCAACACUGGCGAGAGGACAGACUGCAACUAGUGUGGAUGCCUCUACACGCACCAAAACUGGACAAUACUGAGCGCAAUGAUGACUCAAGAUAUGGGAUACAAUGUACAUAGUGUUACGUUGUCCAUAUGUUGUUGUCGCAAGUUUUCAUGGGUUGAAAAUGACAGAGGAGUUUGUGCGUAAAAGUGGGUUCGUGCGCCUGGCUAACUUCUUCCACGCAUCCAGCUGCUCUUCUGUCUCUGAUCUGGUGCAGCGCUGAUCCCCUCUAAAUGGGCAUUGUCCGGAUUUAAUUUUACCCAUAAUUUUAUCUAAAAAUGGCUGUGAUCCCCGGCUUGUUGCAGCGUCCCACCCAGAAUCGCUCGCCUUUCCGCUUCAUGGCAGUGUUUUGGUGCCUUUUGCUGCUCGUUUGCUUAACGGUUGCCUCCUCGAGUCGUGAUGUCCCGAAAAACGAUGGGUCCACGGGGACAGUCCACGGAGAGGGCUCGGGCCACCAGAACACGUCCACGGUCCAUAAAAAGGCGUUUCCUGUUUUAUCCUUCAACUAUUUGCAUGUCCGAAAACCCUUUGAGAUUUCUAUGUGGAUUCUCCUGGCUCUGCUCAUGAAACUUGGCUUCCAUAUCAUUCCUCGAGUCUCCAACAUCGUCCCGGAAAGCUGCCUGCUGAUUGUGGUGGGUUUGUUGGUGGGCGGUGUCAUCAAAGCCAUCAAAGAAGCCCCCCCUGUUUUAGACGAUAAACUGUUUUUCCUGUACCUCCUUCCUCCCAUCAUCCUGGAUGCAGGAUACUUCUUACCCAUUCGCCCCUUUACCGAAAACCUGGGGACUAUUCUGACUUUUGCUGUAGUUGGGACCCUGUGGAAUGCCUUUUUCAUUGGUGGGACGAUGUAUGGGGUUUGUCAGAUCGCAGGGGCACAGUUGCAAAGGGUGAAUUUACUGUCCUGUCUGCUUUUUGGGACCAUUAUUUCGGCGGUGGACCCGGUGGCGGUCUUAGCUGUGUUUGAGGAGAUCCACAUAAAUGAACUGUUGCAUAUCCUGGUGUUUGGAGAAUCGCUGCUGAAUGAUGCGGUCACUGUGGUCCUGUACCACCUGUUUAAGGAGUUCUCUCUGGAGGGUGGGGUCACUGUGGGCGACGCUCUUUUGGGUGUUGUCUGUUUUUUCGUUGUAGCGCUCGGUGGGAUCCUGGUGGGGGCGAUAUACGGGCUCCUGGGAGCCUUCACAUCUCGUUUCACAUCCCACACUCGGGUCAUAGAGCCGCUGUUUGUGUUCCUCUACAGCUACAUGGCCUAUCUGUCAGCCGAAGUCUUCCACCUCUCAGGAAUCAUGUCCCUGAUCUCGUGUGGAGUGAUAAUGCGUCCAUAUGUCGAGGCCAAUAUUUCUCAUAAAUCCUACACGACCAUAAAGUACUUCCUGAAGAUGUGGAGCAGUGUCAGUGAAACUCUCAUCUUCAUUUUCCUCGGUGUCUCCACUGUCGUUGGGCCACACUCCUGGAACUGGACCUUUGUCAUAGUAACAGUGUUCCUCUGCCUGGUCUCACGAGUUCUGGGCGUGAUUGGACUCACAUACAUCAUCAAUAAAUUCCGUAUUGUGAAGUUGACCAAGAAGGACCAGUUCAUUGUUGCAUAUGGUGGCCUGCGAGGGGCAAUAGCCUUCUCUUUGGGUUUCCUUCUCACCAACGACGAUCUCAAGCACAUGUUCCUCACUGCCAUCAUCACUGUAAUUUUCUUCACUGUUUUUGUACAGGGUAUGACCAUCAGACCACUGGUCGAACUGCUGGCUGUGAAGAGAAAGAAAGAAACCAAAAGAUCCAUAAAUGAGGAGAUCCACACACAGUUUUUAGAUCAUCUCCUCACUGGGAUUGAAGACAUCUGUGGUCAUUAUGGACACCAUCACUGGAAAGACAAGUUGGAUCGCUUCAAUAAGACAUAUGUAAAGCGCUGGCUGAUUGCUGGGGAGCGCUCCACGGAGCCUCAGCUGAUCUCCUUCUAUAAUAAGAUGGAGAUGAAGCAGGCCAUGAUGCUGGUGGAGAGCGGGAGCACUGCCAAACUGCCCACACUGGUCUCCACAGUGUCACUGCAAAAUAUUCAACCCAAGGACGCACCCAAGAAGCGAGCAAUACCGAGCAUCUCCAAAAAACGCGAAGAAGAAAUCCGAAAGAUACUCCGGGCGAAUCUGCAGAAAACAAGACAGAGGCUGCGGUCAUAUAGUCGCCAUGACCUGAUGAUAGACCCAUUUGAAGACAAUGUCAGUGAGAUACGCUUCAGGAAGCAGAGGGUGGAGAUGGAGCGAAGGAUGAGUCACUAUCUCACAGUACCUGCAAAAACCCAAGAAAGACCUUCAGUGAGAAAAGUCUGUUUUGAACCAGAGCACAAAGUGUACACAUAUGACGAAAGUGAGAGUCCCAACAGAAGCAAAUCUGAGAGUACUUCCAUCUCCUCCAGGGGUCCCGACGACGUCUUUGUUCCGAGUGAGACGCCUCUACUGUCCAAUCAGAGAUCAGCACCAAAGAAACCAAUCAAUCAGAUCACAGAGGAAGAGGAGGAGGGUCUAACAAUGUCCCGCUGCCUUAGUGAUCCAGGACCAAAAGAGGAAGAUGAAGAUGAUGCAUUUCUACCAUAAAAAAGCACAAAUAUCCAAAAACAUGAAGGAUGAACUCAACAUAUUGAAAUAGAGAUCCUCUAAAUAAUUCAUCAGUAUUAAUAUUUAUUCAUUGAUUUUUAUCAUGACAUGCAGUGUUACCAAAGCAUGCCUGUUUUUAUAACAGAAGUAAUAUGUGUUUUGUCUUUAAUUGUUUGUUGGUCAGCCAAAGUUAAAUGUAAAAUGUGACAGUGUUGUUUUAAGUCGACUUAUAGCACAAAACAUUUGGAAAAGCACAUCAAACUAUCAUCCUUUGGACUUCUACAAAAGUCUUUUUAAUCAAAUAUUUAAAUUAAUUGACUAAUAAAUUAACUACAGGGGCAGUAAAAUGUUAUUUAAUUGUAAUAUAAUCGACAUAAUUAAAGUCAAUAUGCUUAUGAAAUGUGAACUUUUACAGCUAAUGAGAGAUUUUUGUUUGCUUUUGCAAAUGUGGAAAACAAGGUAAAUAUAAUAUACUAUAAUUAUCUAUCUGACCCACUUUGUAAAUCAACUACCAUAGUUUUUAAUUUCUAAAGGACAUUCAACCAGCCGGAUAUAGUCUGCUUAAAAUCAAAGCCUCCGCGUUUCAAAGCCUCCAUUUAAAACUUUUUGGCAUAUCUAUUUGGCUGGUGGUUUUUUUUUGUUUUUGUUUUUUUCUCAGGGACUUUAAAAAUGCUGCAAAAUUAUAUUCAUGAAGUUAUGUCUAAUACUGACUGUCUAAUGUUAAGUAUUGCUGAGUGUUACAAGCACACUGUUGAGUAUGGACUGAUGUCUUUUAUUGUUCACGUCACUAACAAACAACUAAAACUGAGCAAAUGCUGCAUAAACAUCUGCCUUAAAAUGUGUUGCUAUUAGUGUGCCACUAUUUUUAUAAUGUGUCCAAAAUAAAGCUUUUACAAACCUUU